CAAGAAAGAAGACGUACAUAUCACAUUCAACGAAAUUACGCAGGGACGCGUCCCACAGUCGGAGGAUAAGAAGACGCAAGAUCUCUCGUUGACUUUGUUCCUUCUCAUAGUAGGUCAUCUGCGUCUGUCGAAUUGGGGAUUGAAACCCGAAAAAAACCCUAAAAUCAGCGAAAGUUUUGAAGUAAUUGAGCGAUGAGGAGAGUGUUCGGCGUUAAGAAAGACAAGGAACCGCCUCCUUCCCUUAAUGACGCCUCUGAUCGGAUCAAUAAAAGAGGUGAAACAGUGGAUGAGAAGAUCAAAAGACUUGAUGGGGAACUUGCUCGAUACAAGGAACAGAUCAAAAAGACCAGACCAGGUCCCGCUCAAGAAGCUGUGAAGGCUCGAGCAAUGAGAGUUCUUAAACAAAAAAGAAUGUAUGAAGGACAACGUGACAUGUUGUACAAUCAAACAUUCAACCUGGAUCAAGUUGCAUUUGCUUCAGAAGGGAUUAAAGAUGCUCAGCAAACAAUGACGGCUUUGAAAUCAGCAAACAAAGAGCUGAAAGGAAUGAUGAAGACUGUGAAGAUUCAAGACAUUGAUAAUUUGCAAGAUGAAAUGAUGGACAUGAUGGAUAUAAGCAAUGAGAUACAAGAAUCUCUUGGUAGAAGUUACAGUGUGCCAGAUGAUAUUGAUGAAGAUGAUCUCAUGGGUGAACUUGAUGCUUUGGAGGCAGACAUGGGUCAAGAAACUGAAGGUGAAGGGGUGCCUUCAUAUCUUCAACCUGAUAAUGAGCCUGAUCUGAAUGAAGAACUUAAUCUGCCUUCAGCUCCAAGUGGACAUGCAGUGCCAGCUGGCAGAGUUAACAAUCAGGCUGUGGAUGAAUUUGGUUUUCCUGCUGUCCCUCAUGCAUCUCUUCGUAGUUAAGAGGUUUAUUUUUUCAAGUGGCUUAGGGUCAGUAUUGUCUUUUUACCUCUCUUAAGUCUUAACAAUAGUGUGCAUAAUUUGAACAUGAUACUUGCUGUCAAUUAGGAUACAUUGCUUGGGGAUGUAUAUGAUUUGUUGGCACUUUUUAAGUAAUUGAUGCUUUAUUCAUGUA